UCUCUCUCUCUCUCUCAAAUCACAUCACGCGCGUCACGAUCAGCUUGAAAGUAGAUACCGUUCAUAGAUGCAGUACAUGAGUCAUUCGAUAAAACUAACAUAUCGAUUGAAUUGUUAUGAUCGAAUGUGUUGGUGGUUAGUCUAUUAAACAAUGUUUCCAUUCGAUUGUUUAUGUGAAUGGUUAGUUCUUUUGGCAUUACUUUGUCAAUUAACAUCAGGUGAUGAAUCGAUCAUUUCGAAAGACAAUUCAUCGUCAGAAUUGGAUACACUUCUGACAUCACCAAAUUGGACAAAGAAUAGCAAUGGUAAUUGGUGUGAUAAUGAACUUUGUCCAGACAAAAAUUAUGGUCCUCAUUCACCCUAUGUACCUUGUGAUCAUUUACCGAUGGAUUUUAUUGAAUGUGAUGAAUUGAUAGAUCAUCAAGGUAAUGAAACAUCUUAUCAUCAAAGCGGAGGCCUAGGAUGUCUGCAGUUUCAAGGUGGACAACGAGGCAUCUACUUUGGUUCUAGUUAUUGUCAUGCUUUAAGUUUUAUCGAAUGUUAUGGUAAUCGAACUUUUAUCCGCAAAGGUCUACCAUGUGUUCGAUAUAAUGGUCAUUAUUUUAUCACAGCAUUAUUGUUUUCUGUUUUAUUGGGAUUUCUCGGUAUGGAUCGAUUCUAUCUUGGCCAUAUCGGAACGGCAAUCGGUAAAUUAUUAACGAUUGGUGGUGUUGGAAUCUGGUGGAUUGUCGAUAUCAUCCUAUUGAUCACUGGUAAUCUUGUUCCCGAAGAUGGUAGUAAUUGGAUGCCUUAUGUCUAAACUUGAAACUAAAUGUAAAUGUGAU